AUGGCUAUCUUGGUCUCAAAGAGAAAGCAAGCAACGGCCAAGAAGACAGAAGAGACGAGGAUUUUCUGUAACAGUCUUUGCUCUAUCUUCAGCAGAUCUCUUCUCUAUCGAAUUCCUCUCACAAUUACUCUGCUCUUUGUUCUUUAUCUCUGGUUAUCUUCAAGCAUCAUUAUCCCCUCGAGUAAGCACAACGAUCCGAGUGUUGUUCUUCAUAGAGAUGGAGAAAUGGAGUCCCAAAAGAAUGAUACAUUCGCCGGAGAGAUUGCCGGAGAUAGAGUUCCAGGCAAAGAUACAAAGUGGUAUGAUCAUAAACCUACGAAGGAAAUCGAGGAAGAACAAUACAAAUACAUCAAACCUGAGAGUGAAGGAGAAGGAUAUGCAUUAAGGGCAAUGCUUAAGUAUCUUCAGGUACAAAGAUCUUGGCUAUCGACUGCAGAAAAACGCAAAAAUUCAAGAUCUUGUGAAGGAAAAGGAGUUUAUGUAUAUGAUUUACCGUCCAAAUACAACAGCGAUUUGUUGGUAGGAUGUACUGAUAUGGUCCCUUGGACUAACAUGUGUAAGUUUUUCAAAAAUGAAGGUUUUGGAGAAGCAAUUGAGAAUCUUGGUCAUGGUUGGUUUAGGACACAUCAGUAUGCUCUUGAACCGAUCUUACACGCUAGGGUUUUGAAGCAUCCUUGUAGGGUUUACAACGAAAGCCAAGCUAAGAUCUUUUAUGUCCCUUUCUAUGGCGGUUUCGAUGUUUUGAGAUGGCAUUUCAAGAAUGUUUCAGUGGAAGUGAAAGAUCGGUUGGGAAUUGAGGUGUUGGAAUGGCUUGGAUCGAAGGAUUCUUGGAGGAGAAACGCCGGGAAGGAUCACGUCUUCGUCCUCGGAAAGAUUUCUUGGGAUUUUAGAAGAAGCACGCUUCCUUGGGGCUCAAGGUUCCUUGAGUUACAAGGAAUGCAAAACCCUACAAAGCUUCUCAUCGAAAGGCAUCCAUGGGAAGUCAACGACAUCGCAAUCCCGCAUCCGACUUAUUUCCACCCGAAAGCGGACAACGAUAUUUCCAGCUGGCAGAACAAAAUGAGGAGCAAACCUCGCCGGAAUCUAAUUAGUUUCGCCGGAGGUGCAAGACCCGGUGACCCUAAUAGCAUUCGAUCAUUGCUAAUCAAACAAUGCACAUCGUUUUCUGACCAAUGCCAGUUCCUAAACUGUUCUAGUGGAAGUUGUGACAAGUCUGAGAAUGUCAUAAAGCUUUUUCAAGACUCUGAGUUCUGUCUGCAACCGUCAGGAGAUAGCCCAACGAGGAAAUCGGUUUUCGAUUCACUAAUCUCCGGUUGCAUUCCGGUGAUCUUUGAUCCGUACACUGCAUAUUAUCAGUACGCAUGGCAUCUUCCGGAGGAUCAUAAGAGAUAUUCAGUGUAUAUAAACCAAGAAGAUGUGAAGGGAGAGAGAGUAAAUGUGAUUGAGAAUUUGAUGGCAAAGACUCUAAGGGAAAGAGAGGAUAUGAGGAGUUACAUUGUUGGUCAGCUUUUGCCUGGUUUGAUCUACGGAGAUUCUAAUGGUAAGUUUGAAAGGUUUCGAGAUGCUUUUGAUAUUACCUUUGAUAAUUUAGUUGAGAAAAUGAACAAGUUAGUAUAG